AUGCCACCUAAAGCAGUACGAGCUGAUCCCGACACAAUCUAUCGCUCGGAAACGCCUCUACGACAGAAGAAGUUUCCCAAUCGACGCCGCACUAUACGCUCCUCUGGCGUUAGUACUCCAGCUCCGCUACGCCAGCAGUCCACUUUGACACAACAGCCGCACUGGACCGUAUCUCGCUCACCGCCAACUGCUGGACUCGAAGAUGAAGCCGAGGAUGAAGACGAAGAUUACGAAGAGGAUGAGCUAGAAAAAGCACGACCUAGGAGGAAGAAGAGAAAGAGCGAGAUAGAUGGCAAAAAGCAGACAACCAUGACACAAUACGUUCCUUCCUCUUUCAUAGGAGAGCGCUAUGACGGAGCAGCCGAUCUGUUGCUGCAGUUCUUGCCAGACGAGUCUUUCGAUGGAGUGCGAGAUUCACAGUCGCAACUGCCUCUUGACAGACACGACCAUGCUCCGCAAGCAGAGAUGCAUGCGUUUGUCGACGAAAGUGCACCCACAGCUGCAGAUGGCGACGUGAAGAUGCAAAGUAACGAGGGAAAUCAGAGCCAGAAGACGCAAUCUAGCUCAGACCAUGGCGACGAGAGAGUGGAUUCAGCCUUUCCCAAACAGCAAGCGCGACUGCGUCCAAGCCCAGAACUACCAAUAUCCGCUAUGAACCUAAGGACUCCGAGAAGGAAAUUCAAGUCCGAGAUUCCCUCAUCCAACACUCCGCAGAGCGCCAUUAUAUCCAUCUGCUCGGCUAAAACAAUGCGCUCACCUGAGCGUUCACCGUUACGGAGCAAGAGCACAAAUGCAUUCUCGCAGAGUCAUGCUGGCGAGGAUGCUAGAAUGAGUCCUGUUCCCGAAAGUCCUACAAAGCCCGUUUCUCCUUUCCGUCUAUCACCUCUCAAAAAUCGCCCUACCUUCCGGAUACCGGAGAAGCCUCCUACACUCCAGCAUCGUAGUACCAUUCCAGACUCGGAAGACACAGCCACCCAAGUGACUCCAUUCAAGCAAAACAAGUUCCGCAGCCAGAUACCCGACACUCAGAUGGAAAUGUUUGGCGAAGAGAUUUCUGCUGUCACUGAGACACAAUUCCCUAUUGACAGCUAUACCCAGUAUGCUGGAGGAACUUAUUACGCCGAGAACGAUGAUUAUUACUACAACUUUGAUCCGGUCUGUAGUGCUUUGGAUCGUGAUGCUGCCCGUUUCAUGCAAACACAACUACAACGAGAUCGUACCGGUUACGAUGCCUUCCACAAAACGCGAAGCUUUUCUCAAGCAGAAGAAGAGCGAGCUGAACAAACCCUCGAACAAAAGCAGGGUCAAGGCAUCCAGGAACCCAGAUUGGUCAGAGCGCAACAGUCUCAAGAGCUCGGUGAUGAUUUGCCUGCCCCAACUUCACGGCCUCAACCGCUUGAGCAAGAUUUCGAAGAUGCGCCUACACAAUCGCCUCGAUCAUCUCCUCAACAGCCUCCGCGAGUUUCCUACAAGUCUGAUGAGAUUGAAGAAAUAGACUUGUCGGGUGACAUUGUUCUGCCGAACACGACCAUCCGAGAGGUGAUACAGAUUGCCUCCUCCCCGAACAGCAAGAGUGUCAGUAGCGGAAAGUAUCCGUCUUCGCCACCUCUUGUUGUCGAGAAUGAUGCACGUCUUCGGGCAGAAGCUGAAGAGCAGAUGAACAAAACUGAACGUCACUCAUCUCCACCUCUGCCAAUCAUUCUCCCAAUACCUCCUUCGCAGGUCAGCACGGUUGGUGGUACGCAGCUAUACCAUUCCCUGAGAAAGUAUACCCAACGGGCCGCGUACGUAAGUAGUAGUCCACCGCCUAUGCCGCCUUCCACGUCUUCACCUCCACCUGAAGCGAGACAACACCUGAAGAGGUUCCUUGAGAUGUAUGAGUCAGAUGAUGAGGAUGAGNAUGGACAAGGACGACCCAGAACCGCCCCUUGCGACCAGGGUGAAGACGACAUGGACCUGGACUUCGUGCCUCAACGACAGCAUAACACGGAUCGUGCAAUGAGAAGUGAUAACGAUGACGGGUCAGAGAAUGAGGGAGAUCACUCGAGGCUGGAAGACAUAUUGCCCGAUACCCUUCUUGACUUUUCUUUGCCGCCACCGCCAACGCAAAGUACAGUAAGGAGUACGAGGUCAUAA